GUGAGGACAGAGGCACGCCGGAAGAAUCUGCUCAUUUUGAUUUUACAUUACUUAACACAAGAAGGAUACAUCGACUCGGCCAAUGCUUUGGAACAAGAAACCAAACUGGGGUUACGGCGCUUUGAAGUUUGUGACAACGUUGAUCUCGAAACCAUUUUGAUGGAAUUUGAAAGCUAUUAUUUUGUAAAAUUCCAGAGAUACCCCAAAAUUGUCAAAAAGGCAUCGGACCCAGCAGAAAAUAAUUUGCCACAAAGAAGUGGAGGGAAGACCAGGAGGUUUACUGAAUGGAUGACAAGCGACAGUUGUCAAAAUCUCCCCAAGAUCAGUCAGCAGAGAUCAAGGCCCAAAAGCACAACGGGGAAGACAGGGGACAUCAGACCUCUCAACAAGGAACAUCCCAAACAGGAGCUUGUCAAUAAUAGCCAUGUGGAGGGUGAUAACUUUGGCUUAAAUAUCUCAGGAAUCAGCAAAGGAAGUGGCGAAGAAAAAGCCCACCCACGAAGGGGUCAAAUCAUUGACUUCCGAGGACUGCUCACCGAUGCGAUCAAAGGAGCAACGAGCGAACUAGCCUUGAACAGCUUCGACUGUAACCCGGACCCCUCAGAACGGCUGCUGAAGCCCCUGAGUGCGUUCAUUGGCACCAACAGUGAGCUGCGCGAGUUGGCGGCCGUGGUGAGCCGGGACAUUUAUCUCCAUAAUCCAAACAUAAAGUGGAAUGACAUUAUUGGACUCGAUGCAGCCAAGCAGUUAGUCAAAGAAGCUGUUGUGUAUCCUAUAAGGUACCCACAACUGUUCACGGGGAUUCUUUCCCCCUGGAAAGGACUACUGCUUUACGGCCCUCCAGGCACAGGAAAGACUUUACUGGCCAAAGCUGUGGCCACCGAAUGUAAGACAACCUUCUUUAAUAUUUCUGCAUCCACCAUCGUCAGCAAAUGGAGAGGGGAUUCAGAAAAACUCGUUCGGGUGUUAUUUGAACUUGCCCGCUAUCAUGCACCCUCCACCAUUUUCCUGGAUGAGCUGGAGUCCGUGAUGAGUCAGAGAGGCAUGGCUUCUGGGGAGCUGGACUGUGCCAUGCUGCGCCGCCUGGAGAAGAGGGUUCUGGUUGAUCUCCCCAGCCAGGAGGCCAGGCAGGCCAUGAUCCACCACUGGCUGCCCCCCGUGAGCAAGUGCAGAGCCCUGGAACUGCACACGCAGCUGGAGUACGGAGUGCUGAGCCAGGAGACUGAGGGCUACUCCGGCUCGGACAUUAAGCUCGCCUGCAGGGAGGCAGCCAUGCGGCCUGUGAGGAAAAUCUUCAACACACUGGAAAGUCACCAAUCAGAGAGCUGCAACCUGCCUCCCAUCCACUUGGAUACGGUGACCACUGAUGAUUUUUUGGACGUGUUGGCCCACACCAAGCCAUCAGCAAAGAAUCUAACAGAGAGAUACUCUGCCUGGCAAAGAGACUUCGAGUCUGCGUGAAACCCCACACAGCCAGCCCUGCCACACAGGCAACCACGGGCCUGCUGCGGUCUUAGUGGCAGUGGGCGACGACCAUCACGGCUGGAAUGGAAAGGAGAAAUGACUUCACGAAGGCUGGAUUAGCUUGGACCAACUACUGUUUUACAAAACCAGAACUAUCCCCCUUCGUUAUUUUCUCCACCAGAGAGGCAAAAUAUUGCACAUUUCAAUGACGUGGAGAUUUUAUUUUUCCUUCACAGUAAUAGAUGGUGUAACAUUUUGAUGAA